CAUUCGUCGCAGCGCGGCACAAGCGGUAAAACAAGCCGUCUGAUAUUUAAGCGUGAAUUCUCGUCGAAGUAGUGUUACAUCGAACAGUUUACUGGCUAUCGGUUCGCCCCUCGAUCUGAUCGAUAACACAAUCAUCGUCAGACAAAUGAAGCGAAAGACGAAGCUCUGCUUGAUCCUGUCCCUUCUGGCUGUUCUGAUAGACAGCCAGGUGGAAGGAAGGAUUUUGACGCAGUGUGAAGCCGUGCAGGAGCUUCAACGAGCUAAAGUCCAAAGAAGCUUAAUCAGCAACUGGGUCUGCUUGAUGGAGAGCGAAAGUGGAUUGAACACACAACUGAUCACUGGUCCGAAGACUGCCUCCAGCUACAGUUAUGGAAUCUUUCAGAUAAAUAGCGCCAAAUGGUGUUCCAGAGGACACAGCGGAGGAAUUUGUAAUAAACGUUGCGAGGAUUUCGCCAACGACGAUAUCACAGAUGACAUCGAGUGCGCCAAGAAGAUUCAAAGUAUGGAAGGAUUCAAGGCGUGGGAUGGCUGGAUGAAGAAAUGCAAGAACAAACCUCUGCCUAAUAUUGGAAACUGCAAACGACGUCGACGACGACGACGUGUGACAGUAUGAUUGAAUUUUUUUCUUUGAAUCAGCGUGUACUGUGAUAAAACGAUUGUCAUAGUAUCGCGUCACUGGGGUUCAUGAACUAUUAGGUGUUGGUUGCUAUAAACAUAUAUCAUGUAUAGUCUGUCUGAUGUAAGGCUGUUAUUCCUAUCAGCACCACCAUUCAUCGCGACCGAUUGCGUAUAUAGAACGAUGAAGUUUUAUAAUAACUGCAAGUCGUGAUUCGUGAAUGGGAUCACAGGUCACUCUAGUGCGACGUAUAUUGGUGCUUAUAAGUAUGUGGACAGUUUGAUUGAUUUAGAAUAACGAUAUGUUACUCUAGAUUUUUAGGAAAAUGUAUAAAUUAACGAUGAACUGGAAUUUAGGAACAUUGCUCGCUACAUUUUUAUGGCAUCGCCAAGCUAUAAAUUUGAAUCGCCUAUUGAGAAACAACAAUAAUAUAUUUUAUUACUUAUUGUUGGAAUAUAUACUGCUACAUAAAUUUGCCUUUUAAAUAACGAUAGGUAUAUUAACUUCAGGGCUCUCUUGCACAAUAAUUUAUCGACGAAUAGCAUUUUGCAAAUUGGCAAGUCACAAGUUGCAUGCCGUACACUUUUCUUAAGGAUUUUCUAAUUUUUCAUCAAAAAGAAGAAUCAGGUGGCCUAUAAUCUACAAAACUCUCGGGUAAGAUAUCAUUCAGCUUAUCAUUAAACUCGUUGCUAUAAAAAGCGGAUAUUUGGUGAUAUUGUAUUGUCACUUGUGACUUGUAAAAUUAAUAUAAUAGUUCAAUUAUGCAGGAGGGGCAAGAACUUUAUCUAUCGAUUUAGAACACUCUUCUUAAUCUGUUUUAUAAUUUCAAGAUUAAGGAACGAAGUGAAGAUUACCAUCCGAAGAUGAGUUUGACAAACGAUAAAAUAACUCUAUAAGGUUUGACAACUACAAUGUAAAUUUUAUUAUACUAUCUUUCGAAAAUCAGUUUAAUCGGUUCAAGAUAGACAUGCUAGUUAUAAAUAUUAGAAUCGUUCAAGUUCGAUUUGUUCGUGAUCUUUCAAUCAAAUCAAAUGUCUGGAUACUUCUAAGCGGUUAUCAAUAUAGUCUAGUGAACAUUUUACUGAUAACAGCGAAGAAAUUAUACAUCUAUGUAUCUGCUUUGAUAUGUGUAUCUGUGAAUUUAUGAUGGAUGAAGAAAUAUACGUGUCUAUAAUCGUAAAUUAAA